AGUGACGCUGUGGGGUGCGCGUCGCCGCCGCUGCCGUGCACUCUGGUGCGCGCGUCCGCGCAGGUGGAGGCAUGUAGCAGCACCUGAAGGAGGCUCGCGUGCACGUCGUCCGCCGCGUCGCGUCGCGUGCUGACGGAGGAAGAGGAGGACGACGACCAGGACGAGGACGACGACCAGGACGAGGACGAGGACGCCUGCUUCCAUCUUGAGUCCCGCGAUCGCAGUCGCCGCCGCCGCCAUGGCGAGCGACUCCCCCGCGAGGAGUCUGGACGAGAUCGACCUGUCUGCUCUCAGGGACCCGGCGGGCAUCUUUGAGCUGGUGGAACUGGUCGGCAACGGCACCUACGGCCAAGUCUACAAGGGACGUCACGUCAAGACUGGCCAGCUGGCGGCGAUCAAGGUCAUGGAUGUCACGGGAGACGAGGAGGAGGAGAUUAAAGCCGAGAUCAACAUGCUGAAGAAGUACAGCCACCACCGCAACAUCGCCACCUACUACGGCGCCUUCGUCAAGAAGAACCCCCCGGGGGCCGACGACCAGCUGUGGCUGGUGAUGGAGUUCUGCGGCGCCGGCUCGGUGACGGACCUCAUCAAGAACACCAAAGGCAACUCCCUGAAGGAGGAGUGGAUCGCCUACGUGUGCCGGGAGAUCCUCAGGGGUCUCGCUCACCUGCACCAGCACAAGGUCAUCCACCGCGACAUCAAAGGUCAAAACGUGCUUCUGACGGAGAACGCCGAAGUCAAACUAGUGGACUUUGGUGUGAGCGCCCAACUGGACCGCACGGUGGGCCGCCGGAACACCUUCAUCGGGACGCCGUACUGGAUGGCGCCGGAGGUGAUCGCCUGCGACGAGAACCCGGACGCCACCUACGACUUCAAGAGUGAUCUGUGGUCGCUGGGCAUCACGGCCAUCGAGAUGGCCGAGGGAGCGCCGCCCCUGUGCGACAUGCAUCCCAUGAGGGCGCUCUUCCUCAUCCCCAGAAACCCCGCCCCCCGACUCAAGUCAAAGAAGUGGUCCAAGAAGUUCCAGUCGUUCAUGGAGGGCUGCCUGGUGAAGAGCCACGGCCAGCGGCCCGGCACCGAGCAGCUGCUCAAGCAUCCCUUCGUCCGCGAGCUGGCCAACGAGCGGCAGGUGCGCAUCCAGCUCAAGGACCACAUCGACCGCACCAAGAAGAGGCGCGGCGAGAGGGACGAGACGGAGUACGAGUACAGCGGCAGCGAGGAAGAGGAUGAAGAGCGGGACAUCGGCGAGCCCAGCUCCAUCAUCAACAUUCCCGGCGAGUCGACGCUGAGGCGGGACUUCCUGCGCCUGCAGCUGGCCAAUAAGGAGCGCUCGGAGCUGAUUCGCCGCCAGCAGCUGGAGCAGCAGCAGAACGAGGAGCACAAGCGCCAACUGCUGGCCGAGAGGCAGAAGCGCAUCGAGGAGCAGAAGGAGCAGAGGCGACGCCUGGAGGAGCAACAACGUCGCGAGCGCGAGAUGCGCAAGCAGCAGGAGCGCGAGCAGAGGCGCAGGUUCGAGGAGAUGGAGCAGAUUCGCCGCGACGAGGAGAGGCGCCACGCCGAGAGGGAGCAGGAGUUCAUCCGUAGACAGCUGGAGGAGGAGCAGAGGCAGCUGGAGAUCCUGCAGCAGCAGCUCCUGCAGGAGCAGGCCCUACUGCUGGAAUACAAGCGGAAGCAGAUCGAGGAGCAGCGCCAGGCGGAGCGUCUGCAGAGGCAGCUGCAGCAGGAGCGAGCGUACCUGGUGUCCCUGCAGCAGCAGCAGCAGGACCCGCAGCAGCGCCCCCCGCAGGACAAGAAGCAGCUGUACCACUACAAGGACCAGGCGCCCGGCGCCGCCAACGACAAGCCCGCCUGGGCCAAGGAGGUGAUGCGCCGAGCUCAGAGCAACUCCCCCCGCGUGCCCCCCAAGAAGUACCACUCCUUUAGGCACGUGCGCGACGCCCACCUGGACCCGCUCCUCCUGCUUCCCGGCUACAAGCCCCGCCGGCGCCGCCCCCCCUCCUACCCCGCCCGCGUCAGCCCCUCCCGGGACCGCGCCCGCCUGCCCCGGGUCCGGAUCACCCGCGCCCCCGAGACCGAUCCCGACCCCCGAGGCCGGAGUCCCGGCCGCCGGGUGGACGAGCGUUUUGCGGCCAACCGCCAGACUUCCCCCGCGCUGCAGCACAAAGUCUCCAACCGGAUCUCGGACCCGUCGCUGCCCCCCCGAUCCGAGUCCUUCGGCGGCUGCGCCAUCCAGCAGGCGCGGACGCCGCCCGUGCACCGCGCCGUCGAGCCGCAGAUGGCGCACCUGGUGCAGGUGAAGAGUCCGCCGGGCCUGUCGGGCUCUCGGUCUCUGUACGAGCCUCACGGGGCGUCGUCCGCCCCGUCGCCCUCCCCCUCGCGCCCCCCCAUGCCCCGGCAGAACUCGGACCCCACCUCCGACACCCCUCCCCCCCUGCCUCUCGCGCGUCUGGCGCCCCCUCUGGACAAGCUGGACCGCAGCUCGUGGCUGCGGCAGGACGACGACGUGCCCCCCAAGGUUCCUCAGAGGACCACGUCCAUCUCGCCCGCCUUGGUCCGGAAGAACUCCCCGGGCAACGGGCCGGGACUCGGGCCGCGCGCCGGGGCUCACCUCAUACGCGCCAGCAACCCGGACCUGCGGAGGACCGACGUUUCCAUGGAUACGCCCGUGAAGAGGAUGAGCAGCGGAAGCUCGUCCAGCUCCAGCACCCCCAGCUCGCAGGGGGGGUCCAACGAGCGAGCCAACGCGGCCACGAAGCCCGAAGGCUCCGCGCUGGCGUCCGACGAGACGAAGGACGACAGCAGGGACGCGUCCAGACCCGGCCGGCCCGCGGACCUGACGGCGUUGGCCAGAGAGUUGCGAGAGUUGCGCCAGGGCGAAGAAACCAGCCGGCCGCCCGUCAAGGUCACCGACUACUCAUCGUCCAGCGAGGAGUCGCACAGCAGCGAGGACGAGGAAGGCGACGGAGAGGGCGGGGCCAACGACGGAACCGUCGCCGUCAGCGACAUCCCGCGAAUCAUGCCUGCCCCCAGGCAAGGUGCCAACGAGUCUGCGGGCACCACGGGAGGGCACGACGACUCGCACGGAAACAGGACUCGAGGCGGCACCCUGAUGAUGAGCGAGUACGGGAUGGGCGGCGGCGGCGGCGGAGGCGGCGGCGGCGGCUCCAAGGCCUCCUUCACUCCGUUUGUGGACCCCAGGGUGUACGGGACUUCCCCGACAGAUGACGACGACGACGACGUUUCUGCUUCAGCGCUGUUCACCGACGAGCUGCUGAAGCAGGAGCAGGCGCGGCUCAACGAGGCUCGCAAGAUCUCGGUGGUCAACGUCAACCCCACCAACAUCCGACCGCACAGCGACACGCCCGAGAUCCGCAAGUACAAGAAACGCUUCAACUCGGAGAUCCUGUGCGCCGCGCUGUGGGGGGUCAACCUGCUGGUGGGCACCGAGAACGGGCUGAUGCUUCUGGACCGCAGCGGGCAGGGCAAAGUUUACAACCUGAUCAACCGCCGACGCUUCCAGCAGAUGGACGUCCUGGAAGGUCUCAACGUCCUGGUCACCAUCUCAGGCAAGAAGAACAAACUGCGCGUUUACUACCUGUCCUGGUUGCGGAACCGGAUCCUCCACAACGACCCCGAGGUGGAGAAGAAGCAGGGCUGGAUCACGGUGGGCGACCUGGAGGGAUGCGUGCACUACAAAGUCGUCAAGUACGAGAGGAUUAAGUUCCUGGUGAUCGCCCUGAAGAAUGCCGUGGAGAUCUACGCCUGGGCUCCCAAACCUUACCACAAGUUCAUGGCCUUCAAGUCUUUCACGGAGCUGCAGCACCGCCCCCUGCUGGUGGACCUGACCGUGGAGGAGGGGCAGAGGUUAAAGGUCAUCUACGGCUCCAGCGCCGGCUUCCACGUGGUGGACGUGGACUCCGGGAACCCCUACGACAUCUACAUACCCUCACACAUCCAAGGCCAGGUGACGCCGCACGCCAUCGUGGUGCUGCCCAAGACGGACGGCAUGGAGAUGCUGCUGUGCUACGAGGACGAGGGCGUCUACGUCAACACGUACGGACGCAUCACCAAGGACGUGGUGCUGCAGUGGGGCGAGAUGCCCACCUCCGUGGCCUACAUCCACUCCAACCAGAUCAUGGGCUGGGGCGAGAAGGCCAUCGAGAUCCGCUCGGUGGAGACGGGCCACCUGGACGGCGUCUUCAUGCACAAGCGAGCUCAGCGCUUGAAGUUCUUGUCGGAGAGGAACGACAAGGUUUUCUUUGCCUCGGUGCGCUCGGGAGGCAGCAGCCAAGUCUUCUUCAUGACCCUUAACAGAAGCUCCAUGAUGAACUGGUAACCGGCGUGGGAGGGGGGGUCCGAAGACAGACCGGCUCCGCGGCGCCUCUGCCGCCGACGUCGGCGGGACCGCUUCCUGGAUCUGCGACGAAGCACACUGAACAUUUUUUCUUCCCAAACGGACGCGUCGCUCGCCUGUUGCUGCUCAAAAGAGGUUUUGGUCCAAUAGCGGCUCGUCAAAACCGGCUGGCGUUGUUUCAAAAGCAAAACAAACAACAAAAAAACAACUGCAAUGGUCCAAAUGUUCAAAAAGUUCUGCUGGACUUUGGCAGACGUGAUCGUUAGUCGGGAGUCCGGUCGCACGAGAGGAAAAUUUGCAGUCAAUUUACAAAAUGUUUCCGGUGAAUAGACGAGAAAUUGACGGUAAUCAUUUCGUGCAAAGUUGGAAGACAAGCAGAAAGGUUUUUUUUUUUUUUUUUUUUUUUGGUCAUAAGCAGACGCGCAGGCAAUAUCAAUCUUAUUUUCAUUAGACUUGAGAAACGAGUUGAUUUGCUUCCAUUACCGGGAAUGGAAACGCAAAGCAAAAACCCCAAAAAUGCAGUCGUAAGAUUUGGCCUCCACCGAAGCUGCAAGCACAGAAACGUUCAGUCGGGAUUCUGCUCGCAAAAGUUCCACAAAUCCGGUUUCAGGACUCUAAAACUUCCCCGAAUGCCGCGAGUCGUCAUCGACUGUGGUCGUUUCAGUUUGGCGCGUCCUCGUCUUGAUUUGUGACCGCUGGCGACUUCUUUUCUCCCUUUCCGCUUGACCCUGUUAGCCCGACCGGUCGACUUUCUUGCCACUAAACCCGCUCGGCGCGCUUUUGCCGUGGCGUCAGCAAUCCUCGCAGCGGACGCUCAAGUCAAACGUUUGCGCCGUAAUCACCUGAAAAAUUUAGGCCACGCCGGUCCGGCGUCAUUCACCGGCGCGGGUUUUGCCCUCCACGUCAACCGCAAAAGUACUCGCACUCUGUACUUGAGUACAAGUAGGAAAAGAAAUGUGCUGCACAAAGUACUGAUUCCAUUUUUUAGCUGAAGUCAAAUUAAAGAUGACAAAAAGUAGGAAAUCAUUUUUACUGUCAAUUGGCAUCAGGAAAAUAAAUGAAUACGCAAAAUACAGGCAGGAAGUCCUCGAUUUGUACGUUUCCUGACGCUGGCUGUCGAAGGAUCUUUUCCUUAUCGUAGCGUGCCGCUAGCGACUGCCGCUAGAGGGCGCCGGGAAACCCAAAGCGAGCGACAACUAGCAGCUUUGAGGUCCUCUGAACGCAGGCAGCGCACGUUCAAACAAGUUUUGGUGUCUCGUAGAAAAGGAAGGAACGCUACUCGGCGUCAAUACUCGCGCUGUCGGGGACGUCCACGCGGUGCAAGUCGCUUGAGCGUUUCUCGCAAACCUCUAUUAGCCGGCCGAACGUCCACGUACUCGUAGUCUAUCCUCGCUACUUUGCCAUAUUAGUAGUGAGGCACAACUGCACUAGUUUACAACUAAGGACAUGUAAAAGUUUGCUAGUUAACAUCUUAACACUUCACUAGUAGCGUGCACAACGGAGCAGUUUUACGAGCACACUGAAAUGCACCUUGAGUACUUGAGUAAGACUAACUACUGACUCUGCUGGAGUGCGAAAUAAGGGAACCUCCGAACUCCCCGAGGAACGAAGCUUUCGGAGUUCCUGAGGAGUCACGGAUGGGAUUCAAGAUUCCCUUGCGCGAUACUUGCCAUUCACAGCAGGGGGCGCGCAUUCAGCCAGCCCCCAAACGCCGAUAAUUGAUUUCGCGCCGAUAAGGUGACCCGCACGCAUAUCGCACGAAGCCCAAAACCAAACAUUUGCUAGUACGACUCUGUAGUGUCGGUAGCGACCUCGCCGGGGAGGACCGAGACCGUCCCGGAGGCUAAAAAGUCAAUGCGGCCGACGCUGGGCUUUCCGAGGCAAAAAAAAAAAAAAAUGUAGCUGUGAACAUUGGAGCGAUGAAAUGGGUCAAGCCCGCCUGCCUGCUGAUUUCUUUGUGGUUCCACUGAAUUUGUGUAUUUUAGUUUCCAGGAGGUGGCGCACUCGGCGGCUGGAGCGCAAACUGGCUCUUCUUAUUUCCGACGUUUGUUUUUGUGAGCUGGUGUUGGGCUCGUCUUUGACUUGCUCUCAUUUUUUCAUUUAGAAUUUUUCUAAAGAACCGAGCCGAGUCGGGCGGGCGGGCCGGCCGACCGAAGCCUUGAACUUUUCGCGGAGCGGACGACGUCCACCUGCGCUCGCUCCGUUCUGUAAAUAUCCGUUGACGCGCUGUAUAUCUUACUCUUGAGUCGUAGAGGAAGACAGAAAAUAAUGUGGAUGAAUUCUGGUGUGUUUCUACAGAUUAGAAAACAUAGCUAUAAGACUUUCUUAAAAAAAAAAAUGCAGCAGUUUUUAUCGUGAUAUUUGUAUUCCAAUUUUUGUAUCAAGACAGGUGGGCGACGCGCAUGUGAGCGUUUUGUCACCUCAUCACGGCAGUCACGCGACGACCUCGAUGUAAAUUGGAAUGUUGACGUUGGACAAUAAACGUCCUCGGCGGACACCGACGGCCUCUUUCUUUG